AUGGAGGGAUUGAUUCCCGUUAUCAACAAACUCCAAGAUGUCUUCAACACAGUCGGAUCUGAAGUCAUUCAGCUUCCACAAAUCGUCGUCAUCGGCAAUCAGAGUUCUGGUAAAAGUUCAGUAAUAGAAAAUUUAGUAGGUCGUGAUUUUCUACCCCGUGGUACUGGUAUAGUGACCAGGCGACCAUUAGUCUUACAGUUAAUACAUCUUACUAGAAAUGAUACAGAGAACAGAAACCAUGAUGGCAAGGUGGUACAGGCAGAAGAGUUUGGUAAAUUUCUUCACACUAAAAAUAAAAUCUAUACGGACUUCAAGGAGAUUAAAGAAGAAAUUGAAAAUGAAACAAACAGAAUGGGUGGAAGUGAUAGGGGAAUCUGUCCAGAGCCGAUAAAUCUGAAGAUAUUUUCUAAUCGUGUUGUUAACUUAACGUUGGUAGAUCUACCAGGAAUGACGAAGGUACCGGUCGGGGAUCAGCCAGUAGAUAUAGAAGUUCAGAUCCGUGAACUGUGUUUGCGGUAUAUCUCCAACCCUAACUCUAUAAUUCUAGCAGUGACAGCAGCUAAUACUGAUUUCUCUACAUCUGAAGCUUUAAAACUCAGUAGAGAGGUUGACCCUGAAGGAAAAAGAACAUUAGCCGUGACAACUAAACUAGAUCUAAUGGAUGCUGGAACUGAUGCUAUGGAUGUAUUAUGUGGAAGAGUUAUUCCAGUUAAACUGGGUAUUAUAGGGGUAGUCAAUAGAAGUCAAGCUGAUAUUAAAAGCUCAAAGGAGUUACAAGAGGCAUUAAAAGAUGAAGCGUCGUUUCUACAGAAGAAAUAUCCUUCUAUAGCUAAUCGUAAUGGUACACCAUAUCUCGCUAAAACAUUAAACAGAUUAUUGAUGCAUCAUAUACGAGAUUGUCUACCUGAAUUAAAAACUAGAGUCAAUGUAUUAAUAGCACAGUUUCAGAAUUUACUGGCAUCAUUUGGUGAACCUAUAGAUGAUAAGGCCCAGGUUUUACUACAAGUUAUAACAAAGUUUGCUUCAGCUUAUUGUAAUACUAUAGAAGGUACAGCUAAAAAUAUAGAAACAUCAGAACUAUGUGGUGGAGCGAGAAUCUGUUAUAUAUUUCAUGAAACGUUUGGUAGAACACUAGAAUCAGUCGAUCCAUUGGGUGGUCUCUCUACUAGAGAUGUUCUUACUGCUAUUAGAAAUGCUACUGGUCCUCGACCAGCGUUGUUUGUGCCAGAAAUAUCAUUUGAAUUAUUAGUAAAAAGACAGAUAAGAAGAUUAGAGGAGCCUAGUUUAAGAUGUGUUGAACUGGUUCAUGAAGAAAUGCAGAGAAUGAUUCAACAUUGUGGUACACAGCAAGAAAUGUUGAGGUUUCCCAAGCUAUAUGAGAAGAUAGUAGAUGUUGUAACUAAUUUAUUACGUAGACGCUUACCCCCCACAAACAGUAUGGUAGAGAAUUUGGUAUCUAUAGAAUUAGCCUAUAUUAACACCAAGCACCCUGAUUUCUCCGAGGCACAACUUGUACAUAAGAUGAUGACAGAAUCUGCAGUCCAGGAAACCAUGACACAGAAAUUAUCUCGAGAGGCCAUACAGAAACAAGGACUGGAUGAUAAGAGAUUUAAUAAACUAGAUAUCGGUACAACAGAUAGGAACUCUGAGACCAGUUCCCAACCUGGUAGUGCUCCGUCUAGCGCCUCUCAAUCUCCAGCACGUACAGCUUCCUCUACUAACAGACGUAGUGGUAUUAAUCUACUUCCUGAAGUGCCAGAACAAGCACCAGUAAUGAAACUCUCUAGUAGAGAACAGAGAGAUUGUGAUUGUAUUGAGAGAUUAAUCAGGUCAUAUUUCCUAAUAGUAAGAAAGAACAUACAAGAUACUAUACCCAAAGCUAUCAUGCAUUUCUUAGUGAACCAUGUUAAAGAUACUCUCCAAUCAGAGUUGGUCUGUAUGUUAUAUAAGAAAGAAGAAAUCAAUAUACUACUUGAAGAGUCAGAACAUAUUUUUACACGUAGGAAGGAAGCUCAGGAAAUGUUACAGGCUUUACAAAGGGCAAGUCAUAUUAUUGGUGAAAUACGUGAGACUCAUUUAUGGUGA